CACCGGAAGCGCUCUCGGGAGUCCAGGAGCUUCCGCGCCUGCCCAGUUUUGCUCCGAAAGACGCCCGGAGGGGAGCUUGCAGUGCGUUCUGGGAAAGUUGCUGGGUCAGCUCUUUUGUUUCCAGCCUGAGCGUUGCUUUCGGUUUCCCGAGGGCCUUCUGAGGCACCGCGGCUCCGGGGUGCUGGGUUCCCGGCUCUUCGCUGGGAGGCCUCCUCUUCGUACCUCGUUUUUUGGCUCGUGUGGGUGUCCUCCCACCGCUGGCUGACGCCGCCAGCAUGUCCGGGGUGCGCGCAGUGCGGAUCAGCAUCGAAUCGGCCUGCGAGAAGCAGGUCCAUGAGGUGGGCCUCGAUGGCACCGAGACGUACCUGCCGCCGCUGUCCAUGUCGCAGAAUCUGGCGCGUCUAGCCCAGCGGAUCGACUUCAGCCAGGGUUCGGGCUCCGAGGAGGAGGAGGCGGCGGGGACCGAGGGCGACGCGCAGGACUGGCCGGGCGCCGGGUCCAGCGCAGACCAGGACGACGAGGAAGGAGUAGUAAAAUUUCAACCUUCCCUUUGGCCUUGGGACUCAGUGAGGAACAAUUUGAGAAGUGCCCUGACAGAGAUGUGUGUUCUCUAUGACGUUCUCAGUAUUGUUAGGGAUAAAAAAUUUAUGACUCUUGAUCCUGUCUCUCAGGAUGCACUUCCUCCAAAACAGAAUCCUCAGACGUUGCAGUUGAUAUCUAAAAAGAAGUCACUUGCUGGAGCAGCACAAAUCCUAUUGAAGGGGGCAGAAAGACUGACUAAAUCAGUUACUGAAAACCAAGAAAACAAGCUACAAAGAGACUUCAAUUCUGAGCUUUUGCGAUUACGGCAACACUGGAAACUUCGAAAAGUUGGAGAUAAAAUUCUUGGAGAUCUGAGCUACAGAAGUGCAGGAUCUCUCUUUCCUCAUCAUGGUACAUUUGAAGUCAUAAAGAAUACAGAUCUUGAUCUGGAUAAAAAGAUACCUGAAGAUUACUGUCCUCUUGAUGUCCAAAUUCCUAGUGAUUUAGAGGGGUCUGCAUAUAUCAAGGUUUCAAUACAAAAACAGGCUCCAGAUAUAGGCGACCUCGGCACAGUUAACCUCUUCAAACGACCUUUGCCCAAAUCCAAACCAGGUUCCCCGCAUUGGCAGACAAAAUUAGAAGCGGCACAAAAUGUUCUCUUAUGUAAAGAAAUUUUUGCACAGCUCUCUCGGGAAGCUGUUCAAAUUAAAUCACAAAUCCCUCACAUUGUGGUGAAAAACCAGAUUAUCUCUCAGCCCUUUCCGAGCUUGCAGUUAUCUAUUUCUCUGUGCCAUUCCUCAAAUGAUAAGAAAUCCCAAAAAUCUGCUACUGAGAAGCAAUGUCCAGAGGACCACCUUUAUGUCCUAGAGCAUAAUUUGCAUCUCCUGAUUAGAGAGUUUCAUAAACAGACCUUGAGUUCCAUCAUGAUGCCUCAUCCAGCAAGUGCACCUUUUGGCCACAAGAGAAUGAGACUUUCAGGUCCUCAAGCUUUUGAUAAAAAUGAAAUUAAUUCAUUACAGUCCAGUGAAGGGCUUCUGGAAAAAAUAAUUAAACAGGCGAAGCAUAUUUUUCUAAGAAGUAGAGCUGCUGCAACCAUUGACAGCUUAGCAAGCCGAAUUGAGGAUCCUCAGAUACAAGCUCAUUGGUCAAAUAUCAAUGAUGUUUAUGAAUCUAGUGUGAAAGUUUUAAUCACAUCACAAGGCUAUGAGCAAAUAUGCAAGUCCAUUCAACUGCAGUUGAAUAUUGGAGUUGAGCAGAUUCGAGUUGUACAUAGAGAUGGAAGAGUAAUCACACUGUCUUAUCAGGAGCAGGAGCUACAGGAUUUUCUUCUGUCUCAGAUGUCACAGCACCAGGUACAUGCGGUUCAGCAACUCGCCAAGGUUAUGGGCUGGCAAGUACUGAGCUUCAGUAAUCAUGUGGGACUUGGGCCCAUAGAGAGCAUUGGUAAUGCAUCUGCCAUCACGGUGGCCUCCCCAAGUGGGGACUAUGCUAUUUCAGUUCGUAACGGACCUGAAAGUGGCAGCAAGAUUAUGGUUCAGUUUCCUCGUAACCAAUGUAAAGACCUUCCAAAAAGUGAUGUUUUACAAGAUAACAAAUGGAGUCAUCUUCGUGGGCCAUUCAAAGAAGUUCAGUGGAAUAAAAUGGAAGGUCGAAACUUUGUUUAUAAAAUGGAGCUGCUUAUGUCUGCACUUAGCCCUUGUCUACUAUGAUUUUUUCCAGAUGUUUCCUAAAGAAGUUUCCAGAAACUUUGACUUGAAAUGUUUACAGAUCAACUAUAAGUACAAAGAAGAGAUAACUUCCAAAGCAGUGCUGUUUUUAAAAACAAUAAUUAGGAAAUGUUUAUUUAGCACUUUGAAACUUUCCACUUUAUAAAUGACAAGUGCUUUGAAAUGCAGAAGUUUAUGUACAGUUGUAUAUACAGUAUGACAAAAUGUAAAAUAAUACGUUUUUCAUGCAGUUUAAAAUAUUACUGACUUAAGCGUUUCUAUUUGCUUUUUAAAUAUUCCUUCUUUGAUGUUGACAUCACAUAAAGUGUGUGGUUUAAAAAAA